AUGCAGAGACUUGCACCAAAUCUCUUUGAUAUUAUGAUCCCUACGAGAUCAUAUUGCUAUGAUGAGCAAAUAAGUAAAGCGAGUGUUUCAAUAGACGGUGCGAGUGCAGAUGUGAUUAAUGAAAAUGAAAACAUUACUCACAAAAUAAAGGAGUUAGAAGUAUUUAAUGUGAAGGAAUGCAAUCAGGAGUCCUACUGUGAUCUAGAAACUAAUGCCAAUGCAAUUCGAUUGGCUGCGGAUGUUGUUCAACUAGAUAUAGCGCAGAAAUGCUUGCGUGCAAUAAUUCCGCGACAGCAACAAAACAUAUUGAAGUUAUUCGAUAAUUUACGGAUUCCACCGAAGAAUUACGAUGGCCAUGAUGAUCUCAUAGAAAAAGCACGAGCAAAUUUAAAUGCAAUUAAAGGCCUCUUUUUGGAACAGGAGAAAAAUGAAAGCAGUAUAUCAGUUCAGUUCGCCCAGGGUAUAAAUCCAUUUGUGAAUGGAUCUUGGAUGUUGGCUCCACUUCGUAGAGUUUUGGAUGUGAUACAAAAAGACGGGAAAUCAACUGCAGAGGACUUAAUUAUAGUGCGACUUUCAUUGUUCUGGACUUUAUUAGUAAUGGUCGAAAGACCCACUUUGUAUCACGCUUUUGCAAUACCCAAUGAAAUUUUCAUUCGCUUAGCUGAGGAUGCGAAAAAGGCAGAACAUUGUGAUGCAUUUACACUCACCAUACAGCAGUCUUUGGCAGGCUUUUUGGAUUAUUAG